CAACGCAUGCGCGUGUUUUGCUGUUUGGUGCGUUUCAAUUGGAAAAUUCACGUGAUUUGUGUUUCUCCUCUCUUCUCUGCUACUCUUGUCAUCGGUUGAAUAUUAUGCUGCUCGUACUCUCUGAAGAGCACAAGGUCCACCUGGGGUUCCUUACACAAGUCGACGUGGAAGUCGUCAAGGAGUUCUGCAAGAUUUCAUUGGAGUUCAUCAGGAGAGGCACCAACCCCAAGCUCUACCAGUCUGCCGGCCAAAAGCUAGAAGUGGAUCCACAAACAGUCCAACAUGGGGUGGAGGGGCUCAUGUAUCUCAUCACAGAGUGCUCAAAGCUCAUGGUGAGUGAGAUCGAUUUCCUGGACUCUAUCAUGGUACUGGGAUUCUCAGAGGAACUAAACCAACACUUGUUGAAGCUCUACCAGGAGAACUGCCACGAGGUCCGAGCGAUCCUCUCCCAGAUGACAAUGGAUCUUCCUCACUACCACAACUUGGAGUGGAGACUGGAUGUCCAGCUAGCCAGCCGCUCUCUUCAGCAACAGGCCGAUCCUUCACUCACCCUCAGACUUCACACGAAAGACAACGGGGUGAUGAGACAGCAAAAUCUACAGACUGAUCCUGCCAACCUGCAGCACAUUACAAAGUCACUGGAGACUGCUCUCAGUGAACUCAGCUCCCAGUACUGCCGCAGGAUUAUGAGAAACAUAAAGUAGACUCGAGUGUUGUUGUGUGCGUAGCUAAUGACUUAUUUUUCCGCAUGCGCUAGUACAAGUACUACGUACGCAUGCGCUUGCGUCGCUGCUUCAGAGAGUGAGACGCGACGAAGAAAGCUGGAGUGAUUAUUAUGCAGAUCCCUGAAGAGGAAUGGAAAAGCUUAAGCCACCGACAGCGAAGGGUUCUAGUGAACAAGGAGAGGAGGCGGAGGAAGAGAAAAACAGCUGCACUGAAACGCGAAGAAGAUAGAGCUGCCGUCGAGAGCCAGCCAGGAUACGUUGAGAGACUGGCAGCAGAAGAGAAGCUGGAGGAUGAGAUAAGACAAAAAGAAGAAGCUGAGAGGUUGCUUGAACACGAGGCAUGGUUGGAGAGGGAGAAGAAAGCCCAGGAUGUAUUCAGGAGGAAGAGAGAGAAAGAGGAGAAGGAGCAGAAAGAGAAAGAAGAGAGAGAGCGUCUGAUCCGCGAGGAGUGGGAGUUGCUGCAGAAGAAAGAGAAGGAGGCAAAGGAGAAGAGAGAGAGACAACGUCAGCAGAAAGAGAAUUGGUUGCUACGGCUACACUUUUUUGUAGCUCCGCCUACCAAUUACCUCACUCCGUACCUUCAUUAUAGUGGCACAGUUGAGAUCAGGAACGUCUGCAAGAAGCCCUCACCACUGAAAACAGGCCAGCCGUUGAAAAGCCAACCCACAACCCACUGGCACCAGACGGAUACACAGAACCAAACGAGAGAAACUAUGGCACGGAGAAAGACUCAAAGAAUUGUCCGUUCUUUCUAAAGACGGGUGCGUGUAGGUUCGGUGACUCUUGCUCUCGUCGCCAUCCCCACCCCGCCUCCAGUACCACUCUCCUCAUACCGGCCAUGUACUCCAGUCUGGGUCUGACGGAAUGGGGUAUGGGGGACCGGGAUGACUCCGCACUGGAGUACGAAGAGGGUGACAUGUACAAGCAAUUUCGGUCGUUCUACGAAGAUGUGUUUCCAGAGUUUGCAUGUGUCGGAAAAGUCGUGCAGUUUAAGGUAUCCUGUAAUUACGAGCCUCAUUUGCGGGGAAGUGUAUAUGUCCAGUAUCAGAGUGAGGAGGAGUGCUCGGCAGCUUACCAGAAGUUUAACGGUCGCUGGUAUGCACAGAGGCAGCUCUCGUGUCAGUUCUGUCCCAUUCAGCGAUGGAGGAACGCCAUAUGUGGUCUGUACAAUCAGAAGAGAUGCCCGAAAGGAAAACACUGCAAUUUUCUGCAUGUGUUCCGGAAUCCCGGUGGAGCCUUUUCCAGAGCCGAUCGCGAUCUCCCUCGCAUCUCUCCUCUCUCCUCCUCCCUCCUCACGACGAAGCUCACGUCACGACCGAAGCGAGCGGACUAGGAGUCGCUCCAGGAGUAGAGAAAGGCAUCGCAGAAGGCGUUCAAGAGAUGGGAGUUUCGACGAUCGUCAUCACAGAAGAAGGAGUAGAUCACGAGAGAGAAGGAGUUCCUACAGCAGUCAAAGCAGACGCCAUUCACGAUCUACCAGCAGGAGACGAGAGAGGAGGAAGAGAGAGAGACAGAGCAGUGAGAGCGAGAAGGAUGAAGUCAGAGACUCUGCCAUCGAGUCUAACAGACUAGACACCGAGAUUUCCGUGAAUAUUUCCACUGCAGAGGGGGAAGAACGAGCUGCGAAGCACAAGAGUAAGAAAAAGAGGAAGAAACGUUCAGUCGAAUCCGUAUCGCCUUCAUCUUCCAAGAGAAGGCACCAUAAGAAGAGGAAACACAAGGGAAGGGGUUCUGAUUCGAGGGAACCAGAGGAGGGGAAAUUUGACAGAGAGGGAACCGUGGAAAAUCCGACCCAUGAGGGAGAAGAGGAAGAAAAGAAUUUCAAAGUUGCUAAAUCGGCCCCAGAAGCAGUGGGGAACUGCGGGAACAAGAAUAUCGCAACGGACAAAGGUUCCCCUGACUCUGGAACCCCCAAUUCUGACCCCUCACACGCCAAACCAGUACCCCAAGGCUCACCAGUGGCGUGAUUUGUGAACAAAAUAUUUACUGAAUCAUGAUGAAUGAUGAGGAUAAUAAUUAUAAUGAUGAUAAAAUGAUGAUGAG